AUGUUAGUUUCGCAUACGAUGAGAGACUCCCAAAUCUUGAAAAAUGUGUCGUUUAGAGUACAAGCGGACAUACCGUUGUCGAUCAGGAGGAGGCAAGUCAACUGUCUUGCGUCUACUAUUACGCUUUUACAAUAUCAUGAAGGUUGUGAUGUCAGGAAUGUUAAACAACAUGAUCUGAGGAGUAAAAUUGGACUUGUAUCUCAGGACAAGAGGAUUUACGAGCACUUAAUGGGCGUAGACGCGAAUUUUACAAUGUACACUAUUUCGUUCAGAGGCAACGUUCCGAGGUUUACUAGCAAACUGACACGUGGAAACGAAGACAAGACGAUGACGCAAUGA